AACAAACACAUAUUUACCUUUAUUAUUAUCCCUUCCCCUAGUUUUUUGAUUCCAAAGAAUUUCAAAAUGUGUGCUUAAACCUAUUUCCCCUAGCGUUUGUUAUAUACCCCCUGAAAAUUAUUUUAUUACAUUAGUUAAUUAAAAUAAAUUACAUUAGUUUUAUCAAUCUUAGAUAUAAAACCAAUCGAGUUGUUUCCAUCCAAUCUGUCCACCAUGUAUUCGUGAUACCAGUUUUUACCGUCCAAUAUGACGUCUCCGUUUAUACGAGCUUAUCUACUGCCCUAGUCUAAAAAUUUGAAUUUUUACAAGUCCAGUUUACAUCCAGUUACACCAGAAUAUCCCACUACGUUUCAGUUUUUAAAAUUGUCCCCUGCUACAUAUACACAAGUUACAUUAACAAUGUCCGCUUCUACUACUAUUCCUAUGAUCAUGUCUGCUGAUUCCAUGUUUGAAUCUGCAGAUAUGUUUAUUCCCCACAACGAGCAAGUCGCCAACCCCUUCGAAGAAGAGGUUGCCGCAAUCAGUCGCAAGAAUGCUGAACUCGACUUGAGUUCGGCCUUGCCAAAUGAGAGACAGUCAGAGACGUCUCCAUUUAACAUCCAUUCAGCCGUGUUGGACUCCGUGUUCUCCAACGUGUUGGAUGAGCAUGACAACAUCCAAGACCAUACUCCUAUGUUUGACGAACUCGACUUCAUAGUCGAUGGAGCCAAGGUCAACCUGAAGGAUGACUGGGUGUCCUUGUUUGGCCCUGCUGCCGACUCGGAUGCACAGAUAAUCUCUUUAGAUGCAGACAUUGAAGACAGCUUGGUCAAGAAGGAAGAUUUGGACGAUGCCCUUUUGGACUUGUCUGUUCCUUCGGUUGCACCACCCGAACAGUCGCAGCUAAUCACUCCCAACCCCUCUUCAAACUUGCCUACUCCACUUUUGGAUUCCCAUAGUAAGAGUAGAACAAGUGCUCCUUCAAAGAAGGUCGACCAUUUGGGUUGUGUCACUUACUCCAAAAAGCAAAGAACACAGCCUUUGGUUCCUAUUGAUAUCGACGAUAGUGCCGACCCUAUCACUCUCAAGCGUGCUAAGAACACUGAGGCUGCUAGAAGGUCUCGUGCUAGAAAGAUGGAAAGAAUGAACCAAUUGGAGACCAAGGUAGAAGAGUUAAUCCAUGAAAAGUCCACCUUGGAAUUGGAGGUACUCAGAUUGAAGGAGAUGUUGUUGGCCAACGGCAUUAAGCCAUAG